ACUCCCGGCGGGCGCGGGCGGCGCGGUGGUCCUGCGUGCUGGCGGCAUGUCUGCUGUGCGCUGGGGCCGCGGCGCGGCGGGGUUCGGGAGGGCCCUGUGGCCGGCGGGCCCCCCCGGCCUCCUGGCCGAGGAAGGGGCCCUUGGUGGCGUCUGGGGCCGUAAGAGGAGCUCAACUGCCAGCCCUUGUGAGCAGGACCGCCGGAAGGACUGGGGCCAUGCCGAGCUGCUGGAGGUGCUCAAGGCGCGGGUGCGGCAGCUGCAGGCCGAGGGCGUGGCAGAGGUGACGGUGAAGAGGGUGGCCAAGAGGGUGGCCGUGGCUCGAGCCCCGGAGGCUGGCGGCGCCCAGCCACCCAGGCAGGCCCAGGCAGGGGCCGAGGGGGCCGCCCCCAUGCUCAGCAGCCGCUGGGCGCAGAAACUGGACGACGAUCAGCGGCUGAUGGAGAGGCGCAAGCGGCGGCUGGAGGGGAAGCUGCAGAAGCACGUGGAGAAGGUGGCCUGGCAAAAGCAGCUGCGCUUGGAGCCCCGGCUGCUGAGCAGGAAGCUGGCGAGCCAGCUGCAGCACUGGGAGCAGGGGACGCCCCGGAGCCCGUGGGAGGAGCAGCUGGCGCAGCUGCUGCAGGAGGCCCCGCAGGGGCGGAGCGGCGAGGCGGCGGCGGCCCCGGCGGACGGAGGCCCCGAGUCGCGGCUGGAGGGCCAGCGGCAGAGGCUCCUGUCCUUCUUUGAGUGCUGCCUGCUCACGGGCCACCUGCCCCUGGCCCACCACGUGCUGGUCACCCACCACAGCAAGUCCCAGCAGCAGCGGCUGCUCACACUCUCCAUGUACAACAUGCUCAUGCUCGGCUGGGCUCGCCAGGGCUCCUUCAAAGAGCUGAUGUACGUGUUCUUCAUGCUGAAAGACGCCGGCCUCACCCCGGACCUGCGGUCCUACGCGGCUGCCCUGCAGUGCAUGGGGCGCCUGGACCAGGAUGCUGGCACCAUCCGAAGGUGCCUGAAGCAGAUGGCGCAGGACGGGCUACAGCUGCAGGGGCUCUUCACGGCUGUGCCGCUGAGCGCCGAGGAGCGGGCUGAGCUCCUGCGGGCUGUGCUCAAGGCCAAGCCCGCCUUCACCCCCCCGCGGCCGCCCGUGCCCCCGCCCCAGGUCAACACCUCGCCGCUGCUCCGGGAGAUCUACGCCAAGCAGGACCCCACUGUGUCCUACCCGAGGCUGCACUUGUCCCUGAAGGAGCUGCAGGGCCUCUUCCGACAGCAGCUUCGCGUGGAGAUGGCCACCACUGUCACUGUGGGGUCCGUGGAGAAGGUUCCACUGCUGACCAAGGAGGUCCUGCAUGCGCGGAAGACCCUGGCAGGCCUGCGCACCCAAUGGAGGACAGCGCUGUACCGGGAGCUGCAAGAGACCAAGGAGAGCGAGGCCCACGCUGCUCGAGAAGGCCGCCUCUCACUCUUCCCGUACCUGUGCCUGCUCAGCGAGAAGGAGAUUGUGGGGAUGCUGCUGCAGACCCUGCAGGCGCUGCCCGCACAAGGAGAGUCACUUCUCUUCCUGGCGCACGAGCUGGGUCUGCGCGUCUUCAAGAGGAAGCAGCUCAGAAACGAGGUGGAGGAACUGGAGCAGCGCUACUCCAAGUACCUGCACCUGCUGGCCUCCGACACCCAGGUGGCGGAACCGUGCCUGCCACGGCAGCAUUGGGAGGCACUGGGGGUGCCUGAGGCCCCCCACGAGCAGCCCUGGCCCAUGUCAGUGGUGGUGCAGCUGGGAAAGCAGCUGGCGGAGGUGCUGGUGCGGGCCGCGCAGAUGCCCAGCAGCCUGGCAGCGCCCCGGAGCCCUGGCACGCUCAUCCCUGUGCUCUACCACGUGUACUCCUUCCGCAGCUUCCGCCAGAUCGGGAUCCUGAAGCCUCACCCGGCCUUCACGCAGCUGCUGGAGACGGCGGCAGAGCGCACACUGACCUUUGAGUCGACGGACGUGCCCAUGCUGUGCCCACCACUGCCCUGGACGUCGCCCCACUCGGGUGCCUUCCUGCUGAGCCCCACCAAGAUGAUGCGCUCUGUGGAGGGCAGCCAGCAGCACCAGCUCCUGCUGGAGCGCUGCCCGCCUGCCGAGCUGCACGGUGCCCUGGAUGCCCUCACCCAGCUGGGCAACUGUGCCUGGCGGGUCAACGGGCGCGUGCUGGACCUGGUGCUGGAGCUCUUCACUGACAAGGGCUGCCCUCGCCUGGGUGUGCCCGCCCCGCCCUCCGAGGCCCCCCGGCCACCCGAGGGCCGUCAGGCUCCCAAGGGCUGCUUGCUGCCCGAGGUCUCGCCUGCCGAAAAGGCUGAAAUGCGGCGGGAGCUGGCCCGGCGCCUGAAGGUGGCACGGGAGAUGCAGAGCCUGCGCGCCGAUGCACUGUACCGCCUGUCGCUGGCCCAGCACCUGCGGCACCGCGUCUUCUGGCUGCCGCACAACAUGGACUUCCGCGGCCGGACCUAUCCCUGCUCACCGCAUUUCAACCACCUGGGCAGUGACCUGGCCCGCGCACUGCUGGAGUUCGCCCAGGGCCGCCCACUCGGCCCCCACGGCCUCAACUGGCUCAAGAUCCACCUGGUCAACCUCACGGGGCUCAAGAAGCGCGAGUCGCUGCAGGCACGCCGGGACUAUGCGGACGAGCUGAUGGAGGACAUCCUGGACUCGGCGGACCAGCCCAUGACGGGCCGCAAGUGGUGGAUGGAGGCGGACGAGCCCUGGCAAGCCUUGGCCUGCUGCAUGGAGGUCGCCCAGGCGGUGCGUGCCCCCGACCCCACCGCCUAUGUCUCCCACUUCCCGGUUCACCAGGAUGGCUCCUGUAACGGCCUGCAGCACUACGCCGCCCUGGGCCGGGACAGCGUGGGGGCCGCCUCCGUCAACCUGUUGCCCUUGGACCUGCCGCAGGACGUGUACAGUGAGGUGGCUGCACAGGUGGAGGUGUUCCGCAGGCAGGACGCCGAACAGGGUGUGCGGGUGGCCCAGGUGCUGGAGGGUUUCAUCAGCCGCAAGGUGGUCAAGCAGACGGUGAUGACCGUAGUGUACGGGGUCACCCGCUACGGGGGCCGCCUGCAGAUCGAGAAGCGCCUCCGGGAGAUCCACGACUUCCCCCAGGUGUGCGGGGCCGAGACUCCAGAUCCUGCCGGCCACUGUCCGGUAGCAGGUGGCCGCUGGGCAGCAGGCGGUCCUGACACAGGGUCUUGUCUCUGCCCACCGUGGGGUCCUCCAGCGGGGUCCAUGGGAGCGAGCCCACCCCCUCAGAGUGUGCAAGGUCACUGGCCCAGGGCCAUCAGGGGGCGUGGAGGGAACCUGGGCCCCGCCCACGCCCUCCCCUCGCCCUCUCCCCAGGACUUCGUGUGGGAGGCUUCUCACUACCUCGUGCGCCAGGUGUUCAACAGCCUGCAGGAGAUGUUCUCGGGCACCCGGUCCAUCCAGCGCUGGCUGACCGAGAGCGCCCGGCUCAUCUCCCACACGGGCUCGGCCGUGGAGUGGGUCACGCCCCUGGGCAUCCCCAUCAUCCAGCCCUACCACCGUGACUCCAAGGUCAUGAUCAAAGGCGGGCUCCAGAGCCUCACCUUCAGCAGCAGCGUGGACACCAGCCAGAAGCCCAACACGCUGAAGCAGAAGAACGGCUUCCCGCCCAACUUCAUCCACUCGCUGGACUCCUCGCACAUGAUGCUCACGGCCCUGCACUGCUACAGGAAGGGCCUGACCUUCGUCUCGGUGCACGACUGCUUCUGGACCCACGCCGCUGACGUUGCGGUCAUGAACCAGGUCUGCCGCGAGCAGUUCGUCCGUCUGCACAGCCAGCCCAUUCUCCACAACCUGUCCAGGUUCCUGAUCAAGCGGUUCUGCUCCGACCCCAGGACCUCCAAGAGCAUCUGGGUCUCCAGGCUGAUGGACACGCUGCUGUCUGUGCCCAAGGCAGGGACCUUCAACCUGGAGCAGGUGAAGCACUCCACGUACUUCUUCAGCUGACGGCCAGUGCUGCCUCCCUGUACUUUAGUGUGAAUAAAGGGUCUGUCACCA